GACGGCAGGAUUGGGAAGUCGGAAAGCGCUUCCGUCUGGUUUCUUCGUGGAGAGUAAAGCAGAAGCCAUUAACAAAUAGCUUCAGAGUGCUUUUGAAGCGAACUCAGACCAACUCCAUUUCUUCAUCUUCUUCGCUUCCAUUUCUCUCUCUCUCUCUCUCUCUCUCUCUCCUCUGCAAUUCUUCCCAAUUUGUUUCUUCUUCUUCUUCUUCUUCAAUGGACAGAGCUACUCCUGUUCGGAAGCCUCACACCUCUACUGCAGAUCUGCUCACUUGGCCGGAAGUUCCGCCGGCUGAUUCCUCUGCGCUUUCUUCUUCUGCUUCUCGCUCUGCUCCGAGGUCUCAUCAGCCCUCCCCUGGGAUUAGUAAGGUCGUCUUUGGAGGUCAGGUCACGGAUGAGGAGGUUGAGAGCUUGAACAAAAGGAAACCCUGUUCUGGAUAUAAAAUGAAGGAGAUGACUGGCAGUGGCAUUUUUGUUGCAAACGAAGAAGAUGAUGAACUAGAAUCUGGAAGCGCCAACCCUUCACAGAAUAAAACAGGAAUACGUAUGUACCAGCAAGCCUUGGCUGGGAUUAGUCAUAUUUCAUUCGGUGAAGAAGGAAGUGUUUCUCCUAAAAAACCAACUACUCUACCCGAGGUUGCGAAGCAGCGUGAGCUGAGCGGGAACCUAGAAAGCGAUGCCGAUGCAAUGUUGAAGAAGCAGCUUUCUGAUGCUAAAUGCAAGGAGCUUAGUGGACAUGAUAUAUUCGCGCCUCCUCCUGAGAUCUUACCCCGACCAACAACUGCACGCACUUUGGAUUUAAAAGGAAGCAUUGAGAUUGGGGAGCCUGAUAAUAUAAACGUGAUCCCUGGUGAAGAACCUUCAGUAAAGACAGCAAAGAAGAUAUACGACAAGAAAUUUUCGGAGUUAUCAGGAAACGACAUCUUCAAAGGCGACGUUCCUCCGUCGUCUGCAGAGAAACCAUUGAGCGUCGCAAAAUUACGCGAAAUGAGCGGGAGCGACAUAUUUGCAGACGGGAAGGUAGAGACCCGAGACUACUUAGGCGGGGUACGCAAACCCCCGGGUGGAGAGAGCAGCAUUGCAUUGGUUUAAGUAAUCUAGGUUCUAACCAAAACUCAAUACUUUCAGUUGGUGGGGAGAUGGAUAUUAUGAAAAUUGUGAUCUGGUUUGGGUAAUUAUUAUGUUUUAGGGUUAACUAUGGAGUCUGCUAAUUGAGUUAUGUACUUGGUUAGUUGUGUGUGCAGUUUUAUGUUGGUUGGUUGGUUGGUUGUCUUCUUUCUUCCUAUUCUACUCUUUCCAUCUCUUUGGGUUCUUCUCAUUUGUUUAUCAUUAUAUUGAUUAAUUGAUUCGGUUAUUAUGCUCAA